GAGAUCCCUCUAAACCUUUUUGCCCCUCCGUGUAGAAGGAGUUACCCCUGUCGCAAAUGGAAGUCCGCAUCUUUUGGACCAGACACAGAGGUCCCCAGCUCCGCCAUGACUCACAGACACCACCAUCACUCUGUGGAAGGUGAUGCUCCAGGCACUGAAGUGGGAGCUUCUGUGGACCCCAGCAGUGGCUACGGUUGUGUCCCAGUGACCCACAGCGGCGGGCUUGGCCCCGACCACCUCGACAGCCAGCUCUACGGGCACAUCUUGCUGCCAGGCCACCCGCGGCCCCGCCGGCCCAAGCUUCAGCACUCUCAGUCCAUCCUCCGCAAGCAGGCAGAGGAGGAGGCCAUCAAGCGCUCCCGCUCGCUGUCAGAGAGCUAUGAGCUCUCAUCUGACCUACAGGACAAGCAGGUGGAGAUGCUAGAGCGCAAAUAUGGUGGGCGUUUCAUAACCCGGCAUGCUGCCCGCACCAUACAGACAGCCUUCCGCCAAUACCAGAUGAACAAGAACUUUGAGCGUCUUAGAAGCUCUAUGUCUGAGAACCGUAUGUCCAGACGGAUUGUCCUAUCCAAUAUGAGAAUGCAGUUUUCUUUUGAAGGACCUGAAAAAGUCCAUAGCUCCUAUUUCGAGGGAAAGCAGGUCUCCCUAACAGAUGAUGGCAGCAAACUCGGUGCACUGAUGCAGUCAGACCAUGGUGGGGAGAUGGGUGUGCAGGCCAAGACUCCUACCACACAGAGUGACUUUACAGAUGCCAUCACAGAACUAGAAGAUGCCUUUUCAAGGCAGGUGAAAUCUCUAGCCGAGUCCAUAGAUGAUGCUCUAAACUGCCGCAGCCUACACGGCGAAGACAGUCAGUCAGAGGCAGGGAGAGGCCACCAGGAUAUGGACAGAGAGGUCAGCUGUCAGGUGAAACCCUCCCACAGUGCCUCAGAACACCGUAAACUGGAUGAGAUGACGGCGUCUUACAGCGAUGUCACCCUGUACAUCGAUGAAGAGGAGUUAUCACCACCCCUGCCUCUUUCUCAGUGUGUAGACCGGCUGUCCAGCACAGAAUCAGACUUGCGCCAGCGUUCGCUCAACUCCUCACAAGAUUACUGGUCUCUGGCUCAUAAGGAUGAGAAAGGGGACACGGAUACCAGCUGCCGCAGUACACCUUCCUUGGAAUGCCAAGAGCAGCGUCUGCGGGUAGACCACCUACCCUUACUGACCAUAGAGCCCCCCAGUGAUAGCUCAGUGGAGCUGAGUGAUCGUUCUGACCGUAGCUCUUUAAAGAGACAGAAUGCGUAUGAACGAAGCCUCAGUAACCAGCAGAGCAGCCCCAAACACGUCAGCCACAGCCUGCCACCUCGAGGGCCUUCCAGAGAAGAAGACACCUCCCGCCAUCGACCUCGACAGCUGGAGGCCCACUUGGCAAUCAAUGGUACAGCAAACCGGCAGAGCAAGUCAGAGUCGGAUUUCUCUGAUGGCGAUAACGACAGCAUCAACAGCACAUCAAACUCCAACGAUACCAUCAACUGUAGCUCUGAGUCCUCGUCCAGGGACAGCCUACGUGAGCAGACACUCAGCAAGCAGACGUACCACAAAGAAACUCGCAACAGCUGGGACUCACCUGCAUUCAGCAAUGACAUCAUUCGCAAGAGGCACUACCGCAUUGGCCUGAACCUCUUCAACAAGAAACCAGAAAAAGGCAUCCAGUAUCUGAUAGAGCGAAACUUUGUUCCAGACACUCCGGUGGGUGUGGCACACUUCCUGCUCCAGAGGAAAGGCUUGAGUAGGCAGAUGAUUGGCGAGUUCCUGGGUAACAGGCAGAAACAGUUCAACCGGGAUGUCCUCGACUGCGUGGUGGAUGAAAUGGACUUCUCAGCUAUGGAGCUGGAUGAAGCACUCAGGAAAUUCCAGGCACACAUCAGAGUCCAAGGCGAGGCACAGAAGGUGGAGCGGCUGAUAGAAGCCUUCAGCCAACGUUACUGCAUCUGCAACCCGGGUGUGGUGCGGCAGUUCAGGAACCCCGACACCAUCUUUAUCCUAGCCUUUGCAAUCAUCCUCCUCAACACUGACAUGUACAGUCCCAACGUCAAGCCUGAGAGGAAGAUGAAGCUGGAGGACUUUGUUAAGAACCUUCGAGGAGUCGAUGAUGGGGAGGACAUCCCCCGAGAGAUGCUGGUAGGGAUAUACGAACGGAUUCGCAAGCGAGAGCUCAAGACUAAUGAAGACCACGUGUCCCAGGUUCAGAAAGUGGAAAAACUAAUCGUUGGAAAAAAGCCAAUUGGCUCUUUACACCAUGGUCUUGGCUGUGUGCUAUCCCUACCCCACCGGAGACUAGUUUGUUAUUGCAGACUUUUUGAAGUGCCCGACCCUAACAAACCUCAAAAGCUGGGCCUGCACCAAAGGGAGAUCUUCCUCUUCAACGAUCUGCUCGUGGUUACAAAAAUCUUCCAGAAGAAGAAGAAUUCUGUGACGUACAGCUUUCGGCAGUCCUUCUCACUCUAUGGCAUGCAAGUGCUCCUCUUUGAGAAUCAGUAUUAUCCCAAUGGCGUUCGCCUGACCUCUGCCAUUCCCGGAGCUGACAUCAAAGUCCUCAUCAACUUCAAUGCACCCAAUCCUCAGGACCGCAAAAAGUUCACUGAUGAUUUGCGAGAAUCUAUUGCAGAAGUCCAAGAGAUGGAGAAGUACCGGAUAGAAUCUGAGCUAGAGAAACAGAAGGGCGUGGUGAGGCCCAGCAUGUCCCAGAGUUCCGGGUUAAAGAAGGAAACAGGAAACGGCAACCUUAGCCGAGCAAGCCUCGAUGACAGCUAUGCCAUUGGUGAAGGUCUGAAGAGAAGCGCCCUCAGCAGCUCCCUACGCGACCUCUCAGACGCAGGCAAGCGUGGGAGACGCAGCAGUGCAGGAUCACUAGACAGCAAUAUGGAAGGGUCCAUCAUUAGCAGUCCCCACAUGCGGCGGAGAGUCCCCUCCAGCCGAGACUGCCCGUCCCGACACAGCGCACAGUCCCUGCCCAACUCCUCCUCGUUGCUCGGAUCGUUGUUUGGCACCAGGCGGGUGAAGUCGCCCAGCCCCACCCCACAGCCUCCGCUGCACCCCACUCUCAUCUCCCACAGCCCGCACCCCACCAACCUGCACCACACGGCUCGCGGGGAGACGGAAGGACAGGUGCCCAUGCACCCGCACCACGCCCAGUUCUGCCACAUGACCCAGAACCCGCCCCCUUACCACCACCACCACCACUACCACCCGCCGGCCCACUUGCAACACCCACCACACCAGUACCACCCACCCCCAUCUCACGGCCAGCAGCAGCCCUACCCGUCUCACCCUCACGGGCCGCAUGGCCAUGGGAGCCACCCGUCGCAUUCUUCCCACCCAGCUCACGGCCCUCCCCACCACCACGGCCCGCCACCACCGUCCUCCCAGGGUCCCAGCAGCACCAAGCCCAAGCACAGCGGCAUCAGCACAGUGGUGUGAGGGGCGGGGCGUCCUCUCUGGGCCCCGCAGAUGAACUUUUUCUCCUGGGCUGACAUGACAGUCGCACUGUGCAUCGCUGGUCUGGGGCUAUGAAGCCAGACAAGAUCCUGUGCCUCCUUCAGAUUUUUUUUUUUUCUUUUCUAGCUGCUUCUGUCAUGUCAUUUCAGGCCAUAAGACAUGUCUACCUGCUUCCGGAGCAACAGACAAGAGCAUGCACAAAGACCACAACUACUGUUUGGUUCUCAGUAAACUACAGGAACUCACUUACUAGUAUUUUACACAAGAAGUACAUGUUAAUCUUUACACAGUAAUUUUAAAAUGGUGUGAGGGUGGUUUGGCUGAACAGACACGCAGACAGUGGCUCAGCCUCAGCAGUAGCUGUACGACUAUUUAAUGUAGCAGUAGCUCACAGUGCACUGUGAUAUCUCUGUUAGCGGUGAUAAAUGUGCCAAUUAUUAAAGCAUUUACUAAUUUAGUCACACAGAUUGCUUUAUGUAUAUUGUGCAUAGUAUUUUGUAAAAUAAUAUCAACUGUUAUUAUUAUAGUUAUUACUACAGAAAAAAAACGGCAUCAAUUAAACUCAGUAUUACACUUGCACAUAGGUGGCGUAGUUUCACUGUUAAGAAACCAAUCAAAGCUUUUCUUAGUUAGGCAGUUGGAGUACUACUGUAAAUGGUUGCCUUUGAGUUAGAACUCAGAUUGUUAAGGGCUGGUGCACUCCAGCCCGCCUACAGUCUCAUCCACUGCACGUGUCUCUGGGCCAGAGUCGUCUCUCCAGCUCUGGAAAGCAAAGGAAGCCAGCAGCGCUCGCUGCUUGCCCGUCCUCGUUUUAUUUUUUUAACUAUUUUUUUAGAAUCCAAUGAACAAUAUGAAUAUAUAAACGUCCCGCAGCCUGGUGGGAUUCUACGAGUGUGUUCUGCAGGAAGAGGAGGACGUUGGAUGUUUUCAUGUGGAAACUUGAGGGAAAAACUGUGCAGCAGGGAAACACGUCCCAUUGUGGAAGCUCUCAGCUGGCUGAGCGUGCCCUCUUCCUCUCCAGUUUUCCCCCGUGCAUCUGUUGGCGCGGCGAGCGGGUCGUGACUGAGUUUUAUUCCCCUCGGACGGACGCCACAGAGCAAAAAUCAAUGAUUAUCAUUCUGUGAUGGUGACAGCACCCUUUUGCUUGACUCAUUACAGAGAGCGGUUUUAUAUCAAUCAUCUUUCUGACAUAUUAUGGGAUGGCUGGUUGUACCUCCCUGUCAUCCCGUGCACAGUAUCUGUGGUGUGUGCAGAGCGGGGGGGGGCUGCUGUACUGGAGCAUAUUUUCUGUUGAAAGCGACAGAUGCAGCACUCGUUCUACGUAGCUGAUAUCAAUGGCAGGAGUUAGCCUGUAUCUGCUUAAAGACUAUAAGAUGCUUUUUUUAAAAAAAAAAAACAAAAAAAACUAGUGCAAUAUGUAUUUACUUUUCUGUUUGUCUAAGAACAAGUUCAAUCUGUUGGUCGUUCUGUUAGUUUUGUCCUUUACUUUCUCCCCCUGGCGUCCUUUUGUCAUUUCUUUCUCAGUGUUUCAGUGAAGUGCAAGUAUCCACAUGGAUUUGGAGGAACUGGACCUUUCACACUGAUACGGAGUGUCACGGAAAAUAACUGCAUGUAACAUUAUAUCUUGAGGCUAUUUUCAAACUGUGUAUUCCCAAACUAUAUCAGUGUUACAGUUGACAGUUGUUUAAAUAAAAUGAAUGGUAGAAUAGUUCUGACUUCUUCAACUACAGCUAACUGAAGUCAACUACGUGUUUGUGUCACACCAGGCGAUAAAUAACCAAAUCUGUGUCUUAACCUGAUCCACAUGCAGUACAGUAGUUAACUGGAUCCUUAGUGUACGACUGUAGUUAAAGCAGGACCUCAUCGAAGCUGUAACAGGGACGUUUGGUAGAUUCUGUCAUUUGAAAAUCAAAGUGAUAAUUAAGUAUUUAAAAAGGAAACUCUUAUCUUCACAUUGUCUCUGUGUCUGUCAGUGGCGCACACGUUACCAUUUUCAAGUGGUGUCCAGUAGAUCAGUAUUUUUAAAUAUAUAUCUGCCCUCAGAUCAAGCCACACUUUAUACAGGCUUUAUAACGUUUGAGUAAUUAGAUUUAUUAAUAUGCUUAGAAAUGCUCUUUACAUCAGUUAUAAGACAACUUUUGGGUUGCCAAGUUUUGAAAUAAAAAAUCUUCUGUCCUAAUGGAUAAAUGUAUCCAUUUAUACGGGAAAUUACACAUUUUAAUUUAGUUUCCAGUAGUGUAAUGGUUUACACAGUCACCUAACAAGCAAAAGGUCCCCAGUUCGAUCCAAAGAGGAGACACAAAUCCCUCGGCGGUUGUGUCAGGAAGGGCAUCUGCCAAACAUGCGGAGCUACCCGCUGCGGCGAAUGAAAGAAAACCUGAGAAAGGAUGUACAUCUGCCAAGACAUUACAACCUGGCAACCCAGAACUUGUUCUUCCUAAUGUUUUAUUACUGAUUUAUAAAGCAUUUACAUUUUUAAUAUUUUUAGAAAAAGGACAGCUUGAUUUAAAGGCACUUAUUCAUGUAAUCAAUGAAGCUGAAAACCUUCUAAAAUAAACUAAAGCGAGCGAUACAGUGCACGGUAUAAAGUGAAAAUAAGGCCCGGCCGAACUUUCAUGCAGUGCAGAUUUGCUGGAGUAAAUGUAACUUUUAUUGAAAUCAGGUAAAUCAUUCAGAAAAGCAUUCCUAUUUACCACAGUGGCCCGAAAAUGGCAACACGUUACAUCUGAAAAGGUAAAAGAACAGCAGCACACAUCCAAAAAUACUUCAACACAUCUGCUGAGAAAAACGCUGCCUCCAGUGGUGAAAGUUUGAAUUAGCGUGUUUGCAGUGUGUCAUUACAAAAAGUACCUUUAAAACAGAGUUUGCAGUGUUCGUGUAUUGUGGGCUACUCUGACUUUCACAGCUUUUGGUUGUCUGUAGUUUGUGUGCUGCCGAGUCAGGAAAGUGCCAAUACUGCAUUGUUGUCGCACGUGAAAUCAGUUUAACACCAAAUCUGCUGGAGACCAGGGCCCCGCUCACACCACAACGUUUUCGGAAAGUAGCGCGUUCAGAACAGAUCUCCGUUUACACAGAAACACAAGAGCAGGGUUUGGUUACAGAAUAACGGUGUGGGCAGAAACCACGAACGAAGCUUCAGUUCCGUUUGUUACCCUACGUCGUGUUUUCACUCACAUCCUUCGGGUUCCUUCAGAACUCUGAUCUAUUGUAAAACCUGUCCAGAUUCCAUGUGAGGUGCUUUGUUGCAUGCCAUUGAUGCCUACUGUUUCUUUCUUCUUCACUCUCUUUUUUUUUUUUUUUUUGCUCUGUCAGCAGUGUGCUCGACUAGAACACAACCUUUCAGCAUAGCUAUGAUUUCUCUGAUUUAUGCUUGUUUACAUUUAGGUGAUUUUUUUGGCCUGCUAUAGUGUGUCUUUUCAUUUGUGCAUCGUUCUACCCCGGCAUGCAUUUCACCCAUAUUUCCACUGUAGAGUACAAAGACCUGGCAGCAUGCUGCUGAGUGUAAAUAGCAAAUCUAAUGUAACUUGAAGAAGUAAAGAGGGCUGGGCAUGGAGGAAAUAUUUUAUUGGCGAGUUGUUAGUAAAGAAUGAGUAACAUAUGUAAAUAGUCUGUAAAUUGUUAUUAAUUAUUAUUAUUAUUACUAUUCAGUGUCUGCAGUUACAUUGAAGGUGCAUUCCUGCUCCCCUGUGAUCUUUACAUAAUCAUCAAACUGCUUCUCUCUGCCUCCAACAGGACUGAAUUAUCAUAGGAUCUAGAGAUGAACAGCCAAUUGUUACACGGUUAAACGCCGCUUCAUCUUUCCUGAGAUGCUUCUGUUUUCUCUCUCUCACACACUCACACACACAGACACACACACAGCCAGACUUUUGAAGUCAAAGGGAAGAGAGGAGUGCUCUUAUUUUAUUAUGCAUUCUGUUUCUAAGUAGAAAAAUACCCAUUGAUGUAAAACUAGUACUGUGAUGAUGUUGAGAACGCAAAAUAAAAUGAUAUACUGUAAAAUCUGA